AUGGCAUUUCACGGUUUUAGUGACAAUAUUUCCCUGAGUUUGCCAUUGUUCGACCCCGGUAAAAAGAGCAACCAGCAACAGCAAGCGCAACGGCUGCCAUCCAUCAGAACUCUACUCCAGGGAACUGACAACUUGCCGAAUUAUUGUUUCACUAGCGGCAUAGAAAAGAAUCUAUCCUCGGCCGAUGUUGCCCCUGCUGGAGAGCGUGUAGCCUCCAGUUACCACAUCGCUGAAGGUGCCACAGAUACCAUCCCUUUUGUUUCGUCGAGGACGCCUAAUUCAGCCAGUACAUCACAACCGGAGUCAGAGCAUCCAAAGCCUUCUCUCGAAAAUACUCAUAGCUUGAGAGCGAGCUGCCUCGACCGGAUGCGACAGCGAUGGUCUUCGCAAGCUAUUGGAACUACCGUUUUAGAUCUGACGCAUAUAUGGCAGGGAGUGGCUCAGGCGUAUCUGGACAAUACACCAAUUGGAUUGGAGCGUGCGGACUGGCUGAUGCAACUUGCCUUCAAUAUAGCAUCCCCUGAAGUUUACGUAGGGCUUAAACGCCUACUAACGCACCUCCGUGACCCCCUCCACGCCCUAACCAGUCCAUUCCCACGCAACGCAGCUGGCGUGUAUCAAGCUGGACAAUUGCACCUCGCCAGAAAAGGCUCAUCGCAACCUGGCCUAGCGCUAUCCUACUAUUUCUUCUAUCACCUUCUACAAGAACUCAGGGAACAGGGGUGGCCAAAUCCGGUGGACCAUAUUAUCAACGAGAUUAAUGGCCAGAUUCCUAACAAUUUAUCUUCUCAUGAGGUAAAAAAAACAAUCCAAAUCUGGCAGAGACGAGCAUGGUGGUGUUGGAAGCUAAUUCACCCUGUGAAUGACCCCAACAUUGUCUGUUUUCUUCCACAAGGAUCUAAUCACUUUGGCCAUGGUGAGAAAACAAUUUAUUUCAACCAUUACCCUCACUUGAAAAAGGCCGAGUAUGAAGUGAUUCAACAAAUCCUUCGGCAGAUCCGCCCGACCAUCAUGCAUAACGUCCCUCGAGAUUUUUAUGAGAUAUUCUUGUACCAUCAGGCACCUAGAUGGAAGUUCCAGCUCGAAGAUUGGAGUGAUGAAGAGAUUCGUGCGCAGCCUCUGGACUCGAUGAAAUUUGCCGACGCCUUCCGAGUCGUGGAAGUGUGA